AUGGUAGAAGAGGGAAUUGUCUUGGGGCAUAAAAUCUCCAAGGACGGCAUUGAAGUAGAUAGAGCAAAAACGGAAAUCAUCGAGAAAUUACCACCACCAACUACCGUGAAAGGAGUUCGUGCCUUCUUAGGGCACGCCGGGUUUUAUCGACGAUUCAUCAAAAAUUUCUCUUCCAUUGCUCGUCCUUUAACUAAUUUGCUUGUUAAAGAUAUUCCUUAUGAAUUUACUAAUGAUUGCCUUGUUGCUUUUUCUAGGUUGAAGGAAGCCCUUAUCUCGGCCCCAAUUAUUUCAUCACCCGAUUGGACUCUUCCUUUCGAACUCAUGUGUGAUGCAAGCGAUAUAGCACUUGGGUGCGUAUUGGGGCAACGGAGGGAGAAAAAGCUUCACGUGAUAUACUAUGCGAGCCGAACAUUGGCGGGUGCUCAACUCAAUUACACCACCACCGAAAAAGAGAUGCUUGCGGUGGUAUUCGCAUUGGAUAAAUUUCGGUCUGGCGUAGAGAUUAAUGAAACGUUUCCGGAUGAGAUGUUGAUGGUACUUUCGGAAGUGGAAACGCCAUGGUAUGCGGAUAUCGCAAACUAUCUAUCUUCCGAAAUAAUGCCACCGGAUUUGACUUACCACCAAAGGAAGAAGUUCUUGAGCGAUGCUAAACGGUUUCUAUGGGAGGAACCGUACCUCUUCAAGGUGUGUGGAGAUGGGAUUUUGAGGAGAUGUGUACCACUACAAGAGAUGAUGCCUAUACUUAGUCAAUGCCAUUCCUCGGACUAUGCGGGUCACUAUGGUACAUCAAGGACCGCCGCUCGUGUGCUAGAGUGCGGAUUCUUUUGGCCUACGCUAUUUCGCGAUGCAAAAGACUUUGUUAGUCAUUGCGAUCGAUGCCAAAGAGUGGGGAACAUAUCUAAGAGAGAUGAAAUGCCGCUUACCAACAUUCAAGAGGUGGAACUUUUCGAUGUGUGGGGAAUAGACUUUAUGGAUGAUGCAUUAUGGGCAUAUCGUACGGCUUUUAAAACGCCCCUCGGAAUGUCUCCAUAUCGUAUUGUUUUUGGGAAAUCAUGCCAUCUUCCGGUGGAACUUGAACAUAGAGCGUAUUGGGCCAUUAAAAAGCUCAAUUUUGACCAUAAAGCGGCGGGGGAGAAACGUAUGCUUCAACUCAAUGAGUUGGACGAAUUUCGGUUAAAUGCUUAUGAAAACGCCAAGCUUUACAAAGAAAAGACGAAACGAUGGCACGACGCUCAUAUCGUUCCUAAAACUUUUUCGGAAUGCUCUUUUGUCUUGCUCUACAACUCACGCCUCAAAUUAUUUCCCGGGAAAUUAAAAUCCCGUUGGAGCGGUCCUUUCAAAAUUCGAACGGUGGCAAGUCAUGGAGCUUUGGAAUUAGAGAACUCUAGUGGUGAAAUCUUCAAAGUAAAUGGACAACGGUGCAAGCCGUAUCUUGGACCUUUGACGAAUCAAGUGGUGGAACAAAUCACGUUCACCACUCCUACAUAA